UCAAUCAAAUGGAUCCGAAGACAACGAAAGAGACAUCAGCAAUUAUGGCGAAAAAACUUGCAAUUGUACUUCAAAUAGUAAAGCAACUGAAUUAAGCAAUAUGUCAAAAAUAAUGCAGAAGAAUUUCGAAACUAAAAUUUUGCAACAAAGCUACACAAUUAAAAGUCUCAAUGAACGCCUGAGAAAGGAAAGAGGUGACCCAAAGUUCUCCAACUGUUCGCGGCUGAACGAGUUCGUAAAACGAGAAGGUUUCUCGAUGUCUAUGUGUGGCACUCAGCUAGGAAACCAGCUGGGAGUUCUAGCUCUGGGAAUGAUGAUUGAAAACCAGUUUGGAGUUAAAUUGAUUAUCAACAAAUCCCAGCGAUCGAAGUUGGGGGCUGUCUUUCCAAUUGAUGACAUCUGCAAAAGUGAUGGAUCUACUUUUUGCAUUACCAACCCUGAAGGGUGCAGAUUUGAUACUGAUAACAUGGAAAUAGUGGCUCACGAGAAGGAAGAGCUAUGGACUCAUGGACUGGCCAUAUAUGGAUCCACUCCUGAUGACGUCAGGGGAAAGGGAGUCCUUUUACCACAAUAUCCAUCCUUCAUUUCAUGGAUCUACGAAGGUUAUAUCGCCAGAUUUCGAAACAGCAUAAAAUUCAGAGAUGACAUCUGGGCAGAAGCCAAUUUUGUCAUGACUAAAUUAAGACAACAUUACGAUUGUGUGCCGUAUUCUAAUUGCACGGCUGUGAUGCUUCACCUGAGAAUGGCGGGAUACUCGAAACACCUGGCGAAGUAUAAUUGGGGAAUAGACGUUAUUCGGAAAACGAACUACAUUCAGAAAGCACUACGACAUAUACGAAAUAAUUAUGAUAAUCCUGUUUUCUUUUUCCUCGGAAACACGGACCAGGAAGUAUCGGAAUUUCUGAGAGCCAGAUCGGAAAAAUUCAGAAAAUUCAGAUGCGUAGCAGUAGCUGAAAUCAGAAAACAAACUGUUCCUGAUAACCUCGGCACAGGUGUGGAUCUGGCACUCAUAUCGCAAGCAGAUGUUGUUGUGCUCAGUUACGGCACUUACGGGGAUUUUGGGGCACUCCUUACCAGAGACAAACAGGAGAUACUUUACCCGAAGGACCACCUCGGCAACAUGGAGACGGGACUCCUCGGAGGACUUCCUCGAUUUACUGCAAUACCCUGGAAACCACUGAAAGAUGAAAACAGUUAACCAUUCAAAGUCUGCUUCAAAUGCAUGUGUUUUUAGUGGCAUUCUUUCGAUUUUUUUAAAAAUAGCACUUCCUUCACGAUGAAGUAUGACUCUGAUAGCCAGAGUUGUAGGCAAACAUUUUUGGCCAUUUUGUGCAGUUAGUUAACACUCUAAAAAUCUACACUAUUUUCUGAAAAUAUCCCAGAACUGAAAUGUGGGCUGAAUUCAAGGUGUGCAGUAAAACGAAACUUCAAAGCCCACAUAAUGCAAUCAUAAU